CACGCGUCAGAGAACCUGCGGUACAGCCUAUCCGCAGCAUUGGAAUAUUCCUCGCGCUCACUCUCCGGUCAUGAAACUCCAAUCAAACGGAUUUAAAAGCGAGGAGGGCAAUUCUGUUGGGAAGUUGCUGAACAUUUGUUUUCCGAGAACAGUGGGGAAUAUGAACUCAAUGUCAUCAUCCUGCCGAAGAGAUAUCAUGGAACAAUGGGUCUUCUUUUAGAGUACUUUUAUUCUGCCCCACUCGGUUUAGGAAGACUUUGGUGAAUGUGUUUCGUUUUCAACGGUUUCUUUGGAUUAUAUAGAUACCUGUAUAUCUAUCUGCAAUCUAGAUUUAGAAAAACAAGGCGGACUAUUCCGUUGACAGGGUGGACAUCACCAUUGACUGGAAUUAUUCAUCCCUAUCUGUAAUGCCUCUCUCAGUGAUGGGGUUCCUGACCUUCAAAGCCCAGUGAUGCUAGCCAUGAAUCACUACAACCUCUCCGGGCCCCCGGGGGCCCUAGACCCCGUCUCCAACCUCAGCCAGUGGGACACGGAGAUGGUGGAAAUGGAGAGUCUGGCUCACCAGGGGAACCUCACCUCGGACAGGCCUAUGUCCGGAGGCCCGAUCGCAGCCGCUCUCUCCAUGACCCUGGGCGUCAUCUCCAACAUCGUGGCCUUGUUCAUCCUGGCCAACGCCUACUCCCACCAGCGCCGACGCUCCAAAGCCACCUUCCUCCUCUUCGCCAGCUCCUUGGUACUCACAGACUUUUUUGGGCACAUCAUCCCGGGAGCGCUGGUCCUCCGGCUUUACCUCUCCGGAGGGGUGUUCCCCGAGGCGGUCGCCGCAUCCUCAAACGGCUCGACCGACCCCAUGUGCCAGUUCCUGGGUGGAUCUAUGGUGUUCUUCGGUCUGUGCCCGCUGUUUCUGGGCUGUGCGAUGGCCGCCGAGCGCUGUCUGGGUGUUACGCAGCCACUGCUCCACUCCUCCUUAGUUACUACCACCCGUACCAAGCUGUCCCUCUCUGGUAUCUGGCUGGUGGCCCUCUGCGUGGCCCUGCUGCCCUGUUUCCAUCUGGGGUCAUACACCUACCAGCACCCCAACAGCUGGUGUUUUAUCAAGGUCUUAGCUAACGACACCCAGGAAGCGGACGUAGCCUUUGUUACGCUCUUCUCCGGACUGGGCCUGACGUCGCUGGGGGUGGCCCUGGUGUGUAACACCAUCAGCGGGCUGACCCUGGUUCUGGCCAGGCUGAGACGGAGGCCAUCGGGCUACUCAUCGUCCCACAGCCACCGCUCAGUGGCCAAGAGCCACGAUAUAGAGAUGGUGGUGCAGCUGGUGGGCAUCAUGGUCACGUCCUGUAUCUGCUGGAGCCCUCUACUGAUCUUCGGGCUCAUGUCAGUGAUGCGCUCCUAUAGGGGCUCCAUUGAUAAAGCUGACAUGGCCACCUACGAGACGUUGAAUUUGAUGGGCGUGAGGCUGGCUUCCUGGAACCAGAUCCUGGACCCCUGGGUCUAUAUACUGCUACGUCGGGCCGUCCUCCGCAAGAUCUACCUCAUCACCAAGUGUCAGGCCGAUUUGAAUGGGAGUGUGAUCCGACGCUGGGAGGGGAACUCGUUUCAGAGCAAGAGCUCGGAGAACAGUCCUGUUAACAGGAUAUGAGAUCAUAACCAAGCGCCAGGCCGAUUUGAAGGGGAGUGUGCUGCUACGCUGGGAGUGGAACCCCUUUCAGAGUAAAAGCUUGGAGAAGAAUACAGUCAACAGGAUAUGACUGUGUGACCGACGGUGUUCGAGUGAAUGCCAGAAGAAGACUGCAUUAGCCCACUAAGCUAAAGCUUAGUAUUGACCAGGGAGCCAAAGCAACUCUUUAGGUCUCAGGCAAGGUUACUCAUCAUGCAGCGAGCGUGGUCCUUGGUACUUGUGGUGGUCACCGACAGAAAUUUCUGUUAUCCCGUAUAGUGAAGGAUACGAUGCUCUGAAAAAUGAGGAUUACAUGUUCUUCAGCCAUGGCAGUAUCUCUCGAUCUUCUUUAUCACAGUGACUGGCAAGCUAAGAUCAUCCUCCUUUGGAUAUCUCUUAAAUUAAAACUAGGAAUUGAGUACGGACAUACCUGGUGUCCGAGUACGGUCUAUUGGACCAGUCAGUCUGCAUUAUCCCACAGACGGAGAGUUGGGAAACACAAUACCCCACAGACGGAGAGUUGGGAAACACAUUACCCCACAGAUGGAGAGUUGAGAAACACAUUACCCCACAGAUGGAGAGUUGGGAAACACAUUACC